UCUCUCUCUCAUGCGCGCGUGAGCUCUCUCUCUGGCGGCCGUUGGAGCAAGUUGCGGUCAAGCUGGAGAUGGCAGAACUCAAGUUGUGCCUGUUCGUUCCUUAUUUACUGUGAAGCCUCGAGAUUUUAUUAGUAUGGAUAGAAGAUACUUGGCGGCGGCGGCAGCAUUAGCAGUAGUGCCAGUGAAGGAGGAUGGAGCAGAGGAUCCGGCUUGGGUUAUAGAUCGAGGAUCCCGACUAUGUUGUUCUCGAUGUUCACUAAUUUUGCUCGAAUUUACGUCGCCGGCCGGUAACGCCCCGAUGAUGCACACACCCUCUCUCUCGGUAAAUCGCUCU